GAGGUUAAUGCGAGUUGCUUAACCUCUUUCUUUAGUCUAGAGUUUGUAGAUUUCAAAACUUGAAGUAGAAUCAAAGAAGAAGCAAAGUUCUUAAAAGUUAUCAACUAUAAAACCAGCUUCUAAUCUGUCUUGAACCCGAACGCAAUCCUCAGAAUGAAGAUGCCCAAGUCCUUCACUAGCCUUGUUCUCUUCUUGAUUUGGCAUCUAAUAUCUUCUGAGAAUUCAGCCGCACAAGCGUGCACCAUUUAUGUCAGCAACAAGUGCCCCUUCCCAAUAUGGCCGGCAACCGCCCCAAACUACGGCCAGCCGGUGCUGGCCAACGGCGGCUUCUAUCUUCCACCAGGCCAAACCAAAAGCUUCCAAGCCCCGGGGACUUGGAGCGGCAGGAUUUGGGCCAGAACCGGCUGCAAUUUCAGCCCCGACUCCAACUGGGAGCCCGCCUGUGAAACAGGCGACUGCGACGGCCAGCUCCAAUGCAACGGAAAAAUAGGCCUCCCCCCGGUAACGCUAGUGCAAAUUUCACUCCAGGUUGACAAGAAGAAGCCCAGUUUCUACGACGUGAGCUUAGUCGACGGCUACAAUCUCCCCGUUUCCGUCUCCACAAUCCCGUCGGACGGCAAAUGCCAGAUUAGAGGCUGCCUGAAGAACUUGAAGAAGUCGUGUCCGUCGGAGCUUCAGGUGCUGAACGGAAGAGGCGAAGUUGUGGCUUGCAGCAGUGCUUGCUUGGCAUUUGACGAAGACAAAUUCUGUUGCCGGAAUCAAUACGGCAGCCCGGAGAAGUGCAAGCCAAGCGUGUAUUCUAAGAUCUUUAAGGACGCUUGUCCUUCCUACUACAGUUACGCCUUUGAUUCGCCGCCGCCGCUCGUCAAUUGCCCAUCGGAUGAGUAUCUGAUCACCUUCUGUUCUGCCAGAUGGGGCGGCGGGGAGCUUGCCGAUGAUAUCUAGAAUUGAAAACUUCAAAUGGAAAUGGGCCUUUUCUUAUAUUGCCUUAUUUAUCGUGCAUUUUCAUUUCGUCCAAUCACUACUUAUCCUAUAGGCUGGUCCUGGCUGGAUGCCUAUGGAAUAUUUGCAUUUUGUUGAUGACAAUUAAGGUUGUACAAUAAUCUUUUUAGAUAAUUUUCAAUAUAUUUUUAAAUUAAA